AAAACAAAAAAAAACAAAAAAAACAACAACAAAUAAAGAAAAAAGAAAAACAAGACAGAAAAAAAAGACAAACGAACUAAUUCUAUUAUCAUUUUAACUAUUAUUAAUAUUCAUAAUUAAUUAAUAAAAAAAAUGUAUUUAGAUCUUUUCAUGUAGCAACUACAAAAAAAGGUAUCAAUAAUUCAAUUUCAUGCAAUUCAUUGAAUUAUCUAAUUCAUUUUGGAGUUUAUUUAAAUUGAGAAAAAUUAGUUUUCUAUUAAUCAAUUUAAUUUUAUUUAAUUAUGAAGAGAGUUUAGGAUCAAGAUAUAAUAUAUCAAUGAAAUAUUAUCAUCCAUAUUCUAGAUGGAGACGAUCAUUAACUCCUUGUGCAUGGCUUGAACGUGGUGGCUUUUUUAAUAUGCCUAAAUAUUAUAAUUCAUUAUCUCCAUUUGCACAACGUCGUCAUAUUUGUUCAAGUUAUUCAAGUUGUCCACUUACAUGGCUUCCAACAAAUGAUGUUAAAUCAUUAACAUUUAAGCUUAUAGGUACUGAUGAUAUGCGUGAUUAUGAAUUUCAAGCUCAUUUUUGUAACAGAAUCUAUGAAGCACGACAUCGUUAUUGUACUAUGGAAGAGGGAGAAAUCGCAUUUGAGUUGAGGCAAAUAGGGACAUGGUUGAUGGUAGACCGCAUCAAUUGUCGAUGCUUAGGCAUUGCUGAUGUUGAACGUUAUGGAUACAGUAAAGGUGUUCAAUUCGGAGAUCGCGUUUUUCGUGGUAAUUAUAUACACAUGACAUGUGCAACAAAGCCUCAAUGUAAAGUGGAUGAUUUUUGUUAUAUUGAAACACCAAGUACAGAUGGUUAUAUUUAUGGUGGUCGAGUACCAUGCAUUUGUCCAAAACAAUAUCAUUGUCCAAUUUAUUUUAUACGAGAUAAACGUAUUCCACAAAUCAAUGAUGAUGGACGUGUUAUCAGUUAUGGAAUUAAAUGUAAACGAAGAAAUUAUUAGUUAUUUACAUUUUUCCUUAUUUCGAAUAUAUAUCUAUCUACAUCUCCUCUAGUUUCUUUUCUCUCUUUUUACUUUCUUUUAUUUCUCGUUAUUAUUUCUGUUAUAUAAGAAACACUUUUUUCUUUUUCUUUUUUCUACAAUCAACAUUUAAUUACUUAUUUUCUUUUUACAAUAUGCUUACUAAUUUAUAUGUAUAGCGUACAGUUUUUGAAUGUUAGGGGAAUGAAGAAAUAAGGGAACAGAAGAAAAUGUCUUACGACAACAACAACAACAAAAAUUAAAGUCUUAUUCAUUUGCAGAAAGGAAUUUUGUAGAGGUUUUUGGUCAUUUUAAUAGUUGAAUUCAUGAGUCAAUUAAAAAAAGACCACCAUGGAAAACCUGUAAGCACUGAACAGUCGUUUUGUCUUAGUAUGGAACACUUUAGCAGUGAGCAUCCACGAUAUUUGCCAGAGCCGAACACAGAACCUAUCAGUCUCUCAUGAACGAACGCUUAACCUCUAGACCAUUGAGUUGACAUCGAAUGGUGUUAUCGUUUAACUUUAACCAAUCCACAAUAUUGCGUCUCCAUCCACCAUUGUCUUCAGUGAGUUACUAUGUCACAACAGACCUAAUUGGACUUCGUUGGUCACGGUUUCUCACUAGUACUCCAAGAAAUACCUCUUGAAGUCAGUCACUAGUGAGCACAUGAUGAUUAUUAUCAGAAGGGAGUUUUGUGGAUAUUUUAGUUGAAUUCAUGAGCCAGUUAAAACUAUAUUUUUGCUUUUAAAAAAGUUUAUGAUAAAUUACCCGUAAAAAUUUGUGUUUAACAAUUUGAGUCAACUUUUGACUGCAU